AUGAAGCCAGCUGCUAAAUUUAUGUUUUGGGGAGGGAGAAACAUCUUUGGCAUUAGGUAAGCCAGGCACUUGCUGGUAGCCUCUUUCUCUCUCGGCAGUCCAGUCGGCUGAAGACGUCAGAUCAUGUCUCAUCGGAAGUUUUCAGCUCCCAGGCACGGCCACUUGGGUUUCCUUCCUCAUAAGAGGAGCCGCCGACAUCGAGGAAAAGUGAAGAGUUGGCCCAAGGAUGAUCCCAGCAAACCAGUCCACCUGACCGCCUUCCUGGGCUAUAAAGCUGGCAUGACUCACAUCCUGCGGGAACUUCAUAGAUCAGGACUAAAAAUCUCUAAGCGAGAGGAAGUGGAAGCUGUCACUAUCAUUGAAACUCCGCCAUUGGUGGUCGUUGGGCUAGUGGGCUAUAUCGAGACACCAAGGGGGCUGAGAAAUUUCAAGACCAUCUUUGCAGAACAUAUAAGUGAUGAAUGCCGAAGACGCUUCUACAGGAACUGGCACAAGAGCAAAAAGAAGGCAUUCACCAAGUACUGCAAGAAAUGGCAAGAUGAGGCUGGGAAGAAGCAGCUGGAGAAGGACUUUGUGUCCAUGAAGAAGUACUGCAAGAUCAUCCGUGUCAUUGUGCACACCCAGAUGAAACUCCUGCCAAUGCGGCAGAAGAAAGCACAUAUUAUGGAGAUCCAGCUCAAUGGGGGCUCUGUAGCAGAGAAAGUUGACUGGGCUCGUGAGAAGCUGGAGAAGCAGGUGGCCGUGCAGAGUGUCUUCAGCCAGAAUGAGAUGAUCGAUGUCAUUGGAGUCACCAAAGGGCAUGGGAUGAAAGGAGUGACGAGUCGAUGGCAUACCAAGAAACUCCCAAGGAAGACUCACAAAGGCCUGCGGAAGGUCGCCUGCAUCGGAGCCUGGCAUCCUGCCCGGGUGGGCUACUCGAUUGCCCGGGCUGGCCAGAAGGGCUACCACCACCGCACAGAACUCAACAAGAAGGUUUAUCGCAUCGGCCGUGGGAUCCAUGUAGAAGAUGGCAAAGUGAUCAGAAACAAUGCAUCCACCAAUUAUGACCCAACAGAAAAAACCAUCACCCCACUGGGUGGAUUUCCUCAGUACGGAGAAGUCAACAAUGACUUUGUGAUGGUGAAGGGCUGUGUGUUGGGUACCAGGAAGCGGGUGCUGACCCUGAGGAAGGUGAGGGCCUCACUGAGGCAUCGCGAAGGACAGCGGAUGA